AUGCUACGAUCUCAGAUCGUCUGGUGGCCGUCUGGAGACGAUCUACUUUUUGAAAAGAUGGUGUCACUUCCUCAGUUACACAAAGCUCUCCUUGCCGAAUGGAGUAAAGAACAGAAGAAUAGCAACACUAUCGACCAGAUUUUGAGACAAAUCGGUGAUGCCUUGUUUGACCAGGCUGCGAUGGCUUCGCUUGACAUGAACGCCCUUACCACCAUAUACAAGGAUUACUAUGAGAUUAGCGCUCUUGUCGCGGUAUUCAAGAAUGACAUGGUAGCCUUUGACGACGCAAUACCCCGGGUGCUGUCAUUUUACGAACAGUGUCCAUCUGCCGCUGAAAACAAAUAUUUGAUGAUCGGACUCAAUCUCAUGUUUCUUCUAGCGAGCAACCGCUUAUCCGAUUUUCAUAUGUUGUUGGAAUCAGUUCCCCAAAACAUCCAAACGAGCAAUCCCUACAUCUCAACGCCUGUACGCCUUGAGCAAUCGCUGAUGGAAGGAGCGUACAAUAAGGUCAUUCUUACUGAGAAAACAAUCCCUAGUCAGUACUACAGCACAUUUAUCAGGAUCAUGAUGGAUGCAGUAAGAAGCGAUAUUGCGAUCUCUAUUGAGAAGUCAUUCAAAUUAUUGAGUACUCGAGAUGCGGCAAACAUGCUCCUGUUUGACACUGAAGCGCAAGUCACAGAGUUCGCUAAACAGCGAAAGUGGAAAACUGAUCACGGGUGUUUUGUCUUCGAAACGGAUGCGGCACAGCAGGACAAACCUACGCUGGACACUGCUCGUAUCGCUAAACAAACGAUCUUCUAUGCAAAACAGCUGGAAAUGAUUGUCUAAUUUACUUGAACAUAAUCACGAUGUAUAUGCAUAAAUAAGUUCACAAGCUUUAACCCUA